AUGUGGGCGUCCGGAGUCCGGCAGAUCACAUGGCUCCGAUGGGGCUGCAUUGCGGUGCUACUGUACCUGACACCAUUUGCAGCUGCUCAAGGCCCCGAGCUCGUUGUGAACGGUGGCUUCGAGACCCCCGCGAUCGCGGCCAACUCGAGUUACACCGGAAACGCGGGUGCGACUGGCUUGGGGUGGGUCGUCACUCAGAGCAACAUCCAGCUCAGAAACGGUAUCACACAGGUCCCGGUCGCACACUUGGGAAAGCAGUAUAUUGCACUGAAUGGCGGUUCCCCAGGGCAACUGACGCAAAACCUUACUACCAUAAGCGCCGCGACAUACACCGUCUCCUUUUGGCUUGGGAUUGACACCAGCGGGGGCCCCGACGUAAAGACAGCGACGGUCAACCUGUUUGACAUUUCGGGGGAGUCGGUCCUCUUGUCCGACUCCCGGGGAUUGGGCAACGAUCAGUACUCUAUCAAUGGAAGCACGCAGGGGACGGCUUGGAGUCGAUUCACGUUUACGUUCCAAGCGACGUCAGCUCGAACGGCCGUUUACUUGACGUCAAACACGUCUGGGUCGGCGGGAUUGACCGUCGACGACGUGUCGAUACGACAGCUGUACACCUUUCCUCCACCAAACCUCCCCCCCCUCAGAAACCCGCCCCCGCCAUAUUCCCCUCCUCCUUCAUCACCCCCCCCGGCUCCACCCCCGGUCGUUACAGACUCGAGCCUUGUGAGCUUCGACGUGUCGGGGGUCGUCUUCCCGCCCUUCACGUCAGCAGGCACCCAAUACGCCGUCUUCCUUACCAAAGGCGCCUUUUCGAUGACGAUUGUUGCGACCCCGGCCGAUCCUAGAGCGCUCAUGAUCGCGACGGUGCCUUCCGGAAGCAGCGAGCGGAUCAUCAGCGGAACGGAAUCCGUUCCGCUGGCGGCGGUGUCGAGCGGCAUCUUGACGCUGACUGUUACGGCAUCGGACGGCGUCACAAGCACGGCCUACUUCUUCCGCAUGUUUUUCCUUCAAGGCGCGGACUCCUCCCUCCAGUCGCUCUCCAUUUCCCCGGGCACUCUCUCGCCCCCAUUCACACCGACCGUCCUCAGUUACACCGCCAGCUUCGAUUCGGGAGGGAUCCCUGCCACCCUGGCAGCGGUCGCCACGGAUUCCGCUGCCUCGAUCACGGCCGGAACCGGAAAGCUCCAAAGGGGGGCGGUUAACCAAGCCGUCACGGUUCUUUACGGAGGUUCCGUGCUACAGAUCAGAGUGAAGUCAGAGAACGAGGUUAACAGCACGGUUUAUAGCAUAAGCUUACAAGCGCCGCAGUCCCCCCCGGUAAUCCCUACCCCGGUCCCUCCUGCGUCUUUCUCGAAGCCGCCCCCCGACCCCGGUAGGUUACCGCCCCCGGUUAGGACUAACCUUGGCCCGACUGUCCUCUUUUCCUCGGGGCCCCGUUCCCCGACCAAGGACAGCUCCGCUCGGUUUGCGUUUUCCGCGACGGAUGCGACCGGAACGACUUGUACCGACUGCACCUUCUACUGCGCGCUCGACUCAGCCGCCCCCGGCCCCUGCGUUUUCGUUAACCCGGGUACCCCUAACCCUGUUACGCACUCGGUUGACGUCACCAGCGUUCCGGAAGGCGCACACAGCUUCCAAGUCAGCGCUUUCAGCCCCCUCGGUUACCUCUCCCCGACCGCGACCUUCGCCUGGGUCAUCGAUAAUCACCCCCCGGUUACGAGCAUAACCGCAAACGUGCCCACGAACCGUCCGACCAGCGUCCAAAACGUGGUUCUUAACCUAACCGUCCGAGACCCGAUUCCGGGAGGGGGGUUCGCCGAGUGCUCGGGUUGCGUUUCUGAGUGCAAUAUGGACUCGGGGCCGAUAUUUUCGUGUUUUCCGGGGCAACCGUUAACCUACUUUUUGCAACCGGGGCAGCACACGUUCUCGGGCAGGAGUCUCGAUGUGGCCGGAAAUCAGGAGCCCAACUUUACGCAGUUCAGCUUCACGAUCGACACCACACCGCCCAAAGCGCAGCUCACGUUCGCCCCGGUUGCCGUGACCGGUUCCAGCUACGCGCGCUUCCAGUUCUUCGCGUCGAUCGCGGGGUCUCAAGCUCGAUGCGCGAACUGCACCUUUCAGUGCCAAGUCGACCAGAUGAAGAGCCAGCCGUGCUCUCAGGGGUCUUCUAACGGUGCCGGGAUCGAAUACAGAAACCUGACCAACGGCGCGCACUCCUUCCGACUCGUGACCACCGAUCCAGACGGCGUGCUAACCUCGACCCUAACCUACCCUUGGACCGCCGUGUUAGUCGGGCCUGACGUUAGCAUUGCGUAUAAACCUCCCAACCUGACGGCGCUCCCGAACGCGACCUUCAAAUACACCGCCGUUUCCUUUGCGCCGAGUUCCGUUUCCGCCGACCCCUGCCCGGGAUGCCUUUUCCGCUGCUCUCUCGACGGAAGCGCCCCCCGGGACUGCGACCCGCGGGCAGGGGCAAUUUACACCAACCUCUACGAGGGUGUUCACACUUUCGCGGUUAGCGCGGAGGACGUGUUCGGCAAUGUGGGCGCCCCCACUUCGUACACGUGGCGGGUCAAUUUCAGCCUGCCGCUCAGCGAGGUGACGUCAGGCCCGCCCGCGUUCGCCGCCGUCAACGUCAGCGACGCCGUGCUGACGUUCAUGGGCUACGUGGAGAACAAGCCGUGCGCCACGUGUACGUACGCGUGUCAGCUGAACGACGACCCGUUCACGGCGUGUGACGUCAGCACGCCGGUGAAGCUGUUGGGGCUGAGGCAGGGGCCGCAGAGUCUGACGGUCAAAGUGACGGACACCCGAGGAGUGUCCACAUUGUCCGCGCCCUACCAGUGGAUCGUCGACACGAUCCCCCCGACCGCUACCAUCUCCGACGCUCCUCCUCCCCUCUCUAGUUCUCCAACCGCCACUUUUCGCCUCUCCGCGACCGACGCGACCGGAGCAAACUUCACUGACUGCCUUCAGUGCACGUUUCUGUGCUCCCUAGACUGGGGCCCAUUAACCCGGUGCGAUAACCUGGUUACCUUAACCGACUUAGGAACGGACAACGACGUCACAAACCACGUGUUUUCCGCCGUCUCCGUUGACCAAGCGGGUAACCAGGCGCUAACCCCGGCGGUCUACAAGUGGACCGUCGAUAGGCGGCCCCCGGUUAUUGAGCUCAUAAGCCGCCCCCCUAACCCGACCAACUUAGCAGACGGGUUAGUCUCAUUCUCAGCCCGGGGGAACGAAGAUUCAGCCGACUGCGCUGAGUGCGUCGCUCUCUGCUCCCUCGACGGACAGGCGCCGUUCGCCUGUAACGCCGGCCCGGACCCCAGCCUGGCGUUACUUCCCUUUGCGGCCCUGAACGCGGGCGCACACGCGGCCGCCGUUACUUUUACUAACCCGCUCGGGGUUAGCGCUAAGUACAUUUACUCCUGGGUUAUCGACCUCGUGGGCCCGGAAGUCCAGAUCGUUCCGCCGGCUUCCGUUCUAGUCGGCCGGAACCCAUUCCCUGUCACCAUCAACUUCAGCAAGGCGUGCUACGGCUUCUCGUGCGUCAGUGUGACGUCAUGCGAACUCGUCCUGAGCGGAGCAGCCGUCCCAGAUCCAGCGAGCCUCCGUUCCUUGGGAGAGGUGGGGUAUACGCUGGACGUGGCAUCGAUAGGCGAUGGGCAGAUCGACAUAAGUAUACCCUCGGGAGUUUGCCUGGACGCCGCGGGAAACCCCAACUCCGCCGCUAGCAUUUUGGUCCUUUUCGAAGCGCUUCCGCCCCUGCCGGUGCUGACAGCCGUCGAUCUUGUUCCGGUCGAGGUCCCACCGGACGGCGGAGCGAGCGGAACGAACGGAACGGGCGUGGCAUGGGCUGCGAACAAAUCCCCUGUUCCGUUUCUGGUCGACUUCGGAAGAAGCGUCAGCGGGUUCAACGUAAGCGGAAUCGUAGUGGACGGCGGGCGCGCCCAGGGGCUCAUUCCGGCUCCCAACGGAACGGGUUCCGGCGGAAUUUUUCUGGCGGCCUCACCUGGUCUCUCACCCAGCGGAACAAGCACCGCUUUGGUUUCGCUUGACGCUCCAGGAAAAACCGUCUCAGCCUCAGCUUUCUACUUCCAGAUUCGACCGUCGCGAAAUGGUUUGGUGACUAUUACGAUCCCACCCGGCAUAUGCGUGGAUGCGGCAGGAGUUCCGAACAGCCGCUCGAACAAUUUCGCCGUUGUAUUUGACACGGAGGCGCCACAUGUCAGCCUCACACGGAGCCACGUAGACGCUGACAGUUUGUACAUAGUUGUGCGAUUCAGCGAACGAGUCGUAGAGUUGUCUGAACAAGCGGGCGAGUCACAUGUGGUUUACGGGGCCUUUGAAGCUCGCCAAGUGUCAACCGAUGGGUGCACCGUAACGGACGUCUCGGCUCAAGCGGAUGGCGUCAGUUACAUGGUAACACUGGUCAUGAGUGACGUCAGCGGGAGCGAAUCAGAGGGGCGGGUUUGGAUUGCAGCGGGUGCGAUGACGGACUUCGCCGGAAACCCAAACGCCGCUUCGGAGACUCUGGUCGUUGAGUUUGGCACCGUCUCAGCCGCAUCGACCGCGAACAUCGCCCGCGGAUCCACUCUCAUCGCGGGCGGCCUCGCGGCGACAACUGGCCUCUCCGUCGCAGCGGUUUUCCCGGCUUUGGUUGCCCACUUGCGCGGUUUUCCAGGUCUACCGGGCAGUCGCACCGCCCAUGUCGCUAGGGGCAACAUGGUCGGGGUGAUCGGAACCGUGCAGACGUUCGCGCUGCUUCGAAAGCUGGGCACUCCGCAGUCGGAGGCUUUCUCGAGGGUUGCGGGAAGCCUAGCGUGGGUGAACCUGGAGAGUCAACCCAGCCAGAGGACUGAUUUUGCUCCCGAUUCCGCGGAGGCGACCGGAGCCAACGGAACCCCACCAGCUGCCUCCGGUCGGCGGCUCUUGGAGCUGAACGGAACGGUAAUUCCGGUUCCGGCUCCGGCCUGGGUUCCGGCUCCGGCUCCGGCGCCAGCAUCUUUCCAGUCCGCUGUGGCCAGCUCUUCUAGCACCAGCGUCUCGGGCCUCGUCUUCUUUCGCGUCGCGGCCGCGUUGGGCGCGGCUAUCUUUGCGCGCGCAUUGCUCGCGCUCGCAUGGCGGCGCUUUAUGAGCGCCCGGUUGCCGGCACCCCUCCUCUUCCCCAGGGUGGAAAUACUGGUCGCGUUUGCAUGCUUCUACGCGUAUACGCAGGCGUGCUCCGCGCUUAUGGCAGGCAGUUCUGCCGCAAAGGUCUUCCUCGGCGCCGUACUGCUGAUUGUCGCCCCUUGCGGGGCCAUCGUUGCGAUUCUUUUGUUCCUGGGCAUGCAAGUCCUACCGGGAACCCGAGUCGUACUCAACCGAGAUCGACUCCCCGCUGGAAAGCGGACGUGGCGGCGGUUCGUCUGGACGGCCCUGUUCGGCCGCCGUUGUCCCGGGCGGUGGGUUGAGAUGUCGCGAUGCCGCCACUCUCGUUUCCUCCCGCUCGAACGGUUCGGUCCGCUCUUCCAUCCGUUCCGCCCACCCGAGUCGCCGCCAGCGGUGUCUGAAAACACGGUCGCGCCCAGUAACAAGGUCAUAGGGUCCGAACACGAGAUCAUAGCGUCCAAAACCAUGAUCAUAGCGUCCGACCACGAGAUCACAGCGUCCGACAACGAGGUCGCGCUGUCAAGAGAUCAGAUCAGACCGUCCGCAAACCAGAUCAAAGCGCCUCUUGGCAGCCGGCUCGCACGGUUUCUUCCCCAUGUGGCGCGCGCGCUUCGGGACCUCGUCCGAAUGCUGCGGACGUGCCACGUGGGCGCUCUGCUCACCAAGCGCCUAAUCUUCGGCGCGCUCCUGGGAAGUCACGUGGCAGCUUCUGGGUCCGCCACGUGGCAAGCCGGGGGGCUGCUGGUAACAUCGCUCGCUUACCUCAUCUGGCUCUUGGUCGGCAAGCCUUACGUCAGCAGAGGGGUGCAGGGCGCCGAGACCGCGGCCGCCCUGCUGGAGGUUCUCACGCUGAGUUUUGCGCUACAAUCGGCGCGCGCGGCCGCGGCCGCGGAGGCGGCACCCGUGAGCGCGCGCACCCUCGGAAACGCGAUGCUCGCGCUCCAGCUGCUCGCGGUGGCGGGGCAGAUGGGUUACCAAUGCUGGGCGGCGUUUACGGAGUUAAGAGCGGGCUGGUUAUGGUGGCGGGAGGGGCGGUUAAACGCUGUCAACCGAGGUUCGAAACGGGUUAGACGGUCCCUGCACAGGCGGGUGUUGCCGGACUGCAGCCGAGAGGAAGGAUGGAAGCAGGUGUAUCGAACGGAAAAGCGGAAGGACCUGGGAUCGAAUGGUUCCCUCGUCGCGGAAGAACUCGGAAGGACUCGGAGAAGACGCGACAGGGAGCGAGCGGCAGAUGAGAAGCGGCGAGGCGGCAGGGGGAGUGCGCUGACGUCACCAAAGUCUUCGCGUAAGGGACGGCUACCGGACGAAGGAGAAGUCCCGGUCGGAUGUCAGGAGUCGCAAAGUGGGCGGUUGAUGAGAAUGCCGACUGGCCGGCAGAGGGACCGGGGAGAAGGGAACCUAAGGGCGAGUGCGCUGACGUCACCACAUUCUUCGCGUGCGGGAAGUCGUUCGGACGGAGGAGAGGCCUCAGGCGGACGUCCGACUUCGCAAAGUGGGCGGUUGAUGAGAAUGCUGACUGGCCGGAAGAGGGAACAAAAAGGAGGGAGCCUUAGCGGAAAAUCAGGGAUGUCUCCACGAGCAGAAGCCGCCUUAGACUCGCCGGUUGAGAGCUUCUCCGAAGGAACGCCCCGCGGCAAAAACGAGAAGGGCGGGAAAAAUCGGGAUCUGAACAGGAGGUUGAAAUCGGUUGGUGGGCUGGGAACAGGAGAAAAGAAAGGUGGGUCGGGUUCGGAAGCUCGCGAAAGUGUCCAAAGGGGUCAACAUAGGAAAGCCAAAAACGGAAAGAAGCACGCACAUUUUGGAAAUGGGAAAGAACUAGAAGGGCGGCAUAACAAAGGCGAGAUCCAGGAGGAGGCCUCGAGGACGGGCGAAGGAGUUGGCAGCCGUUCUGUUGGACAUGAGCCCGCGACCAGAAAAGGAACGCGGGCAAGCGGAACAGCGGAAGAGGGCGGCAUGCGGGAUAGCAUCGCGGGUAAGCAGUUGAUCCGGAUGAAGAGCCGUCGGAAAGAUUCGGGCGGGUCGAUGCUGUCAAGUUUCGUCGUCGAAGAGGACCCCGACGCUGGAGCACAGGGUUUCUUCGACGCGGUCGGUCAAAAGAAACUGAUGCGGCUCAAGAGCCGGAAGAGGGAGAUGGGUCACGCGACGAUGUCCACUUUUGUGGUGGCGGAAUCGGACGGUUCUGAAAGCGAGGACGCUGAUCGGACGGCUGAACGAUCGACUAUGCGAGUCGUUGUUCGCCAGGCGACUGUGACUUCCUACACGAUCACGCGAGGUAGCCUUUGA